AUGCCACAUUACAACAAAGGCGACAAGGUCAACUUCACAGCUGUCAUCAAUGAUCCAGAUACAAACUUCGAUAACAAGUUCACUGUUUCUCUGUUCUACAACGAUAAAGUCAAGAAGACGAUCACAUCAACUAACGAUGCAGGAUUAGUCAGAGUUCCACUUGAUUUCACCAUCCCAACAACAGCAACAACAGAAACAAACACAACAGCCGAAAUCAAGAUCGUAGUCACAACACCAACCGAAUCCUCUGAAAAAUUAACAAAUAUCAACAUCUAUCAAGAUGUUAUCGCAAGUGAUUCUGCAACAGGAAAGAUUGCUACAAAGGAAGCUAAAAAGAAGACCGCCCUUGUUGCAGUUCUCUGUGUCUUAGCUGUCAUUGCUGUUGUUGUUGCGGUAGUCGUUAUUAUUCUUUGGCUGAGAAAAUAA